CCAUUAAGACACCCAGGUCUGUGUGGGAUGCGGGGGACAGUUUGCUGUUUGUUCAUAAUAGCACUCCUAAUCGUCCUUCCCUUGUUUUGGUAUGAAAUGCAGACUGCAAAGAACCACACUAGAAAUAAAAAAUCGCUGACAUCCUCAUUUCAACCACUGACUCUCCAGUUCACUGAAGGAAAGGAUAGUAGCGUACAGUUCGACCUGUGUAACAUAGUAAGCUGUAAAGAAAAUCAGAAAGAACAUACAGGGUCGGUCGUUUAUAUUUGUGAAAUGGGGACACGUAACGCAGGUGACUAUGAAACAAAGUGUGGAUCUUGGAGUUAUGUAAUAACAAACACAGGAAGUAGUUGGGGCUAUCAGCCACAGAGAGCCAGUAAAAGAUCAGACCCCCUCCAACAGAGACUGACCUUAAUAAAAGGGUAUGACCAAUCUUCAUGUGGCAAGGACAGCUGUAAUCCCUUAAUCUUGACACUCAAAAGACCACAAGAUGCAGACACCAGCAAGUACGUAUUGGGCGCCUAUGAGUCAGGGAAAAAUCUUCUGGGACAUUUUGUCAUAACAGUAAUAAAGACACAGCAUAACACAAUCACAGCAUCAUCAGUAAUCACACAAACUAUCAUGCCUCAGGGUGAAACUUCUCAUUAGCACAAUAUUUGACUAACCUGACCUAUGAAGAUAAAGUUGCUCUUGAGACAGGUUUUGCGGAAAAGAAUGAAUGGCUAAAAUGGAUGACAUAUACUACCGAGCAAAGUGGCCAAUCUGAUUGCAUUGCCUGUGCCAGAGCGAGACCCCAGCUGGCUACUACCCCGUUUCAGUUAAAUAAUAAGAAUGACCCUAAGGGUCUCCAAUGCGUUUUGCAAUUAUUUGGCAACACUUCAGCUGCUGAGGACUGUAAAACAUUGUCCUUACUGUUUCCCCCAGUCCAAAAAGCAAGCCCACCUCCCUCAGUAACUACUUAUAAAGGUAAUUACACCUGUUUUGAUAGAUCAGGCCAAGGACAUAGACAAGGACCAUUACCUGAAACUUACUGUCAACACUCCAUCGACAUCACCUCCGACUAUGGGGACUAUUCAGCUUCCUGGUUUCUGAACCAUAUAACCAUGAGAGCAGACCUCUGGUGGUUGUGUGGAGAUAUGACACUAAGACCAAAGGUACCAAAGAAGUGGCGGGGUAGUUGCGCUUUAGUGCAGCUUGUAAUGCCAUUUUUCAUGUUCUCUACAGGUGAUUACGGCCAACUGGGUACUAGACUGAAAGAAGAAGGAACAUUGCGACACAAACGUUCAGUCCCAGGAGGCUCCUUCGACAAUAGAGUGUACAUUGACAGCAUUGGGGUGCCCAGAGGGGUACCUGAUGAGUUUAAGGCUAGGAAUCAAAUCACUGGAGGGUUGGAGUCACUUUUGUUCUGGUGGUCUACAGUAAAUAAGAAUGUGGAUUGGAUUAACUAUAUCUAUUACAAUCAGCAGCACUUUGUUAAUUAUACCAGGGAUGCAGUAAAAGGGAUAGCAGAACAACUGGGUCCUACUUCUCUCACAGCAUGGCAAAACAGGAUGGCACUAGAUAUGUUAUUGGCCGAAAAAGGAGGUGUAUGCAAAAUGUUUGGAACUUUCUGUUGUACAUUUAUCCCAAAUAACACGUCUCCAGAUGGCAGCAUCACCAAAGCCCUGGCGAGGCUGACUUCUCUGUCUGAAGAGCUGGCAGAGAAUUCGGGCAUCAAGCAUCCAUUCAGUGACUUCCUAGACUCCUGGUUUGGCAGCCCUGACAUGGAGAAUCUGGAGGGGAACUGAAAGACUGCAGCAAAGACAAUGUGAAAGAGGACUAUGCUGGGUAAGUGAUGAAGAUCUGUGUCCUACAUAGAUGUGCAGCACAUGAAGGCCCGUGUGUCCAUCGUCAUCGAGGGAACUGAAGUUAUUGACAAUUGUACGUGUGGCAAAAGCUUGCAUCCUGCUAAUGGGCUUGAUCUAUGCCAUUACCCUGAGAUACCCAGAAAAGUUGAAAUACACUUUUGAAGUGUUUCAAAAGCUCUUUCUUGAGUUGCCGUUCAGAGAAAAUACUUUCUAUCAUGGUGGAUAGCAAGGGGAAAAUUGUAAAAGAAGAACGAUUAACAUGAGCCCACUUUGGCAAUCAUUAUCAUAGCAAUAUACAACAUGCAGUUUUACAAACUGGUUGUGGAAGCAUUGAAUAUUGGGUGGUGAUAACAAAUAGUCCCAAUUUGUCGACACGGUUUUUGCUAUGUACUUUGAGUUUUAUAUUUAUUUUUGAGUUUUCUCAAUUUGAAGCAUCUUUUCCAAAUGCAACGCAUGUGUCAAAUUGAAGAUGUUUUCUUCGUUUGCUUGUUCUCUUAAAUUGCAGUGCGUUAAGCUGUCUGGGCCACUGUAGAUGUCCUACAUGUUAUGUAUUCAUUCUAUAUGAUUCUUUUAGAAUGUAAUUUGCGAGUGAUUGCACUUUGCACUGAUUGGACAUUUUAUCUGAUGUUCUCAUGUUGCUCACCGUAAAUGUUCUCCUCAAGCAGUAACUGUUUUUUAAAACCUCUGAGAUAGAAGGAUCAGGAAGGGAGAGGAAGUUUUAUAUUUAUAUAUAUAUUACUGCUGUCAACAUUAACCCGUUAAUCUUUGCGUUAAUUGUGAACUAUUUAACGCAUUAAAAAAAUGUAAGGCCAUUUACGCAUUUUGUUUACUUCCUGUGGUGGCUGACGACGUGUGCCGCAUAACCGUUAACCAUUAGCCAUCCUGGC